AUGCAGAACACUCCGAAGAAGCACUUUGGCGGCAAGAAGUUCAAGAAGGCCAAGGUCGAGCGCAAGGAUAAGGCUAGUGGUUUUGAUGAAGUUCUUCAGGCCGAUAUCGAUCAGCUGCUCAAACGCAACCGCCCGGAAGAAGACCAGAAUGGCGACCAGAACCCCGCGAAGCCCAUUCUCCCAGAGACCUUCACCGAAAUCGACGUGACAGUAUCCGAGCUUUCCUCCACCGGUGAUGGACUUGCGCUGUCGGAGAAGGCGGACCAUGUGUUUGUGGUGCCCUUCACAGUCCCUGGGGACAAGGUUCGGGUGAAGGUUAUCCGCCACCACCCCGCGCUGUCAUACAGUGUCACCGAUUUCCUGAGUGUGAUUGAGCCGGGGCCUCAAAGAAAUGACUCUUUGAUUGGAUGCAAAUACUUCAGUCAAUGCUCGGGGUGUCAAUUGCAGAUGAUGUCGUAUGAGGACCAGCUGGCGCAUAAGCGGCGCAUCGUCGAGAAGGCUUAUGCCAACUUCUCUGGACUGAUUCCCGAAUUGGUUCCCAACAUUGGAGAAACGUUCCCCUCUCCCAUGCAAUAUGGAUACCGCACAAAACUCACACCUCACUUUGCGAAUGGCGUUGGUCGCAGGAAGAAGCAAAAAGCUCAAGAAGAGUCCGGCGAGGUUGAGAUUGAAGUACCUCCCAUUGGAUUCACAUACAAGAACCGGCGGACAGAUCUUGACAUUGAGGACUGCCCUCUUGGAACCGACGUUGUGCGUCUUGGUCUCAAGAGUGAGAGGAAGCGUGUUGCUGCAAACAUCCGGUCCUAUAAGAAGGGCGCUACUCUGUUGAUGCGGGAAUCGACCAGCCGCAUCUCCAAGACAGCCCCAGAAGACUCCGAGACCAAGAUCAAUAACGGCUUAGUACCGACUCCCGGUGCGGAUACCGGGGACGUAAUUCGCGUUGAGCGCGAAAACUACAUCGAAGAGAAACGCUGUAUCACCGACAACAACGCUACAUCUGUCGAAUUUAUUGACGACUACGUCUUCAGCAACAAGGCCGGUGGUUUCUUCCAGAACAACAACUCGAUUCUUUCUGGUUUUACCGAGUUCAUUCGCUCACAGGCCAUGCCUCCUGGCAACGAUCAAGACUCCAAGCCAAUCAAGUACCUUCUUGAUGCCUACUCUGGCUCCGGGCUUUUCACCAUUACUCUGUCCCCACUCUUCAAAUCCAGCCUCGGUGUCGAUAUCGCCGGUGACUCUAUCAUCUGCGGGCGCGAAAACGCCAAGGCUAAUAAUUUGCCCAACACCGGCUUCGCUGCUGCUGAUGCUGCCGUCCUGUUCAAGGACGUUCCUUAUCCGCCUGACCAGACUCUACUCGUCAUUGACCCGCCGCGCAAGGGAUGUUCCGAGGACUUCAUUAAGCAGAUGCUUGACUACAAACCUCGGCGCGUGGUCUACGUCAGCUGCAAUGUGCACACCCAGGCCCGUGAUGUGGCUCUGAUGGUCCAGGGUGACGAGACAAAGAAUGUCCGCUACGAAAUCGAGAGCAUUCGAGGAUUCGACUUUUUCCCCCAGACUGGACAUGUCGAAGGUGUUGCCAUUCUUAAUCGUGCCGAGUUCCCUCCCAAGGAGAACUUUGCCUGA